AUGUUGUUACCUAAUGUUGUCAUGAAAUUCACAACAUGGAAUGUUAGAAGUCUGAAUGACUCAAUCAAAAGAUGCCUCGUUAGAGACUUUCUUUCUCGUUCUGCUAUUGACAUAGUUGGUCUCCAGGAGAGUAAGCUAUCCAAUCCUUCUUCUAGAAAGCUUCGAUCAAUAGGUGGUAAGAAGCUUCCUCAUUGGUGUCAUCUCGAUUCUACUGAAUAUAGAGGUGGAGUUCUCGUUGGGUGGUCUGAUUCAUUUUCUCUUAUUCAUUCACACGUGAGUAUCUUCUCAGUUUUAGUCUUUCUUCAUCAUAAACCUUCUAAUUGGAGAUUUACUUCAACUUCUGUGUAUGCCCCUACUGAUAGGGAUGAUGGAGAUGUUUGUUGGUGGGAGCUCAAUCGAGUCCGUGAUAUUUUCUCUGGUCCAUGGGUCCUUUGUGGUGAUUUUAAUACAACACUAUCUUCUGAUGAGCGAAGUGACAGAAAUGGUUCUCUUAGAGAUAUUAAUUCCUUCAGAGAUUUUAUUUCUAGUGCAUCUCUAAUUGAUCUUCCUCUUUCUGGUAGAUCUUUCACAUGGUCAAAGAAGCGCUUGGUUCCUUCCAUGGCUAGGUUGGACAUGUAUCUAGUUUGUGUUGAGUGA